AUGAUUUUGACUAUAAGUAGUUUGUUGAUGAUGUUUGCUAAUCUCAUGCAACAAACAAAAAAAAUUAUUCAAGAGAAGUAUUUAAAAAAUGACAGCGGAAAUACUACGGCAAACCCAAUCGCAAUUGAGGCUACUGAUGAACAACUCGACGAAAAAACACAUGAAUUGAAGGACCAAAUCUAUGAUAUUAUUAGAACAAUUAAGGAUCCGGAGAAACCAGCUACGCUGGAAGACCUUAGUGUCGUGUAUGAAAAUGGAGUAGAGGUAAUUAAUCAAAGAAACUUGAAACUAUAUACUGUCCGAAUUGAAUUUAAUCCUACAGUACCACAUUGCAGUUUAGCUACUUUAAUUGGCCUUAGCAUAAGGAUUAAAGUUAUAAGAUCUAUUUUGGAGAAUGUUAAAUUGGAUAUAUACAUUAAAGAAGGUGCUCACACAACUGAAGAAGAAAUUAACAAACAAAUAAACGAUAAAGAACGUGUUGCAGCUGCAAUGGAAAAUCCAAGUUUAAGAGAUGUAGUGGAAAAAUGUAUAAAAGAGGAAGAAUAA